AUGAGACCAAGGUGGUGGCUGUGGAUGUGGUUGUGGCUGGCUGGACUGGGGGUCAUAGAUUCAGCCCCCAGGCCAGAGAAGGUCAAGGCCGAAGGGACAGAGUCUUUGCGCUUCAUAGACAGACCUGACUUCUUUGAUUACCCAGACUCAGACACAGCCAGGGUCCUGGCCCUGUCCCAGUUCAUUGGAGAGAACCCUGACAUCUUUGUUGACUCAGAUUCCAGUUCCGACUUCUUCCACUGUAUCCUGGUGGCUGCCCUGGUGCUGGCCUUCAUCUUCCUCCUUUUGCAGUUCUGCAUCCACAUGUGA